AUGCUCUUCCACAGCCUGGCCGGCGCCGAGAUGCACGGGGUGAUCGACGAGAUGGACCGGCGCGCCAAGGGCGACGCGCCCGCCAUCAGCUCGGCCAUCGACCGCGGCGAGACGGAGACGCACGCCAUGCCGUCCAUCAGCAGCGAGCGGGCCGCGCUGUGCGCCGGCUGCGGGGGCAAGAUCUCGGAGCGCUACUACCUCCUGGCGGUGGACAAGCAGUGGCACAUGCGCUGCCUCAAGUGCUGCGAGUGUAAACUGAACCUGGAGUCGGAGCUCACCUGCUUCAGCAAGGACGGCAGCAUCUACUGCAAGGAGGACUACUACAGGCGCUUCUCCGUCCAGCGCUGCGCGCGCUGCCACCUGGGCAUCUCGGCCUCGGAGAUGGUGAUGCGCGCCAGGGAGCUGGUCUACCACCUGAGCUGCUUCACCUGCGCCACCUGCGCCAAGAUGCUCACCACGGGCGACCACUUCGGCAUGAAGGACGGCCUGGUCUACUGCCGGCCGCACUUCGAGGCGCUGCUGCAGGGCGAGUACCAGCUGCACUUCAGCCACGGCGAGGGCCCGGCGGGCAAAGGCCCCGCCGCCCCGCUGGGGCUGCCCUACUUCAACGGCGUGGGCACCGUGCAGAAGGGGCGGCCGCGCAAGAGGAAGAGCCCCGGGCCCGGCGCGGACCUCGCCGCCUACAACGCAGCCCUGAGCUGCAACGAGAACGACGGGGACCACCUGGAGAGAGACCAGCAAUACCCCAGCAACCAGAAAACCAAGCGCAUGCGGACCUCUUUCAAACACCACCAGUUGCGGACAAUGAAGUCUUAUUUUGCUAUAAACCACAAUCCGGAUGCCAAGGACUUGAAACAGCUUGCGCAGAAAACGGGUUUGACCAAGAGGGUUCUCCAGGUCUGGUUUCAAAACGCGAGGGCCAAAUUCAGACGGAACCUCCUACGGCAGGAGAACACGGGGGUGGACAAGACCUCCGACGCGACGCUCCAAGCUGGCACGCCGUCGGGCCCCGCCUCGGAAAUCUCCAACACCUCCAUGAGCCCGUCCAGCACCCCAACCACCCUCACGGACUUGACAAACCCCAGUAUGCCAUCGGUCACCUCCGUCCUGAGCUCGGUGCCUGGGCCCUUGGAAGUCCACGAGUCGCGAAGCCCUUCACAGACAACACUGACAAACCUUUUCUGAUGACUCUCUCUCUUUUUCUUUUUUAAAAAGGAGAUUACUCUUAGUUGAAUUCCAAGUGUAUUUUCUAAACUAGAGGAGUUCUCACAGCGGGACUAGCCACAACUUAGGAUCUUUCCGGGCAGCGGGAGAACAGCCGCGUGGCUCAUUCUGGUGCGGGAGCCACGGCGGACGGCGGAUUAACUCGGAGGAACGAUUUGCCACACAACAUUUGUGUCAGUGUACAGAUCCGUGGACGGGGCAAGGGAAACCGCGUUUAAUUUAAGUUGGCGAAAGCUUCUGUAAGAUUCAAAGACUGCCCAUGUGCCUUAUAUAUUGUUCCCCCGUUCUUUCGAUCACGUAUCUCCCCAAACUCACAUUUUUCCCGGCCACCACUGUUUCCUCUCUGUAUAUUUAUGACCAGGGCAAAGAACAAACAAACAAACAAAAAAGGAGAAAAACAGAACGAAAGGAAGAAAAUGUUGAUAAGAGUUUUGUUACUUUGAAUUAGUCCUAAGCCCUUCAU